CUGCAUUCAGUUAUUCGCCGAUAAUUGAUGUCAAAGGACGCGUUACGGCGUCGGUCAUACGGCGCGUAUAAUUAACAAGGAUUUCGAUAACGAACAAUUUGUUGUUAAUUUAGUUCCGGGUUUAGUGCGUUUUCGAUUUGACUUCCGCUUCAAGUGCUGCCACAUUUAUUUGUUUGCGGUUUUUUUGCGACUUUCGUAUGUUUGCGCCAACAUUAUUUGUUUAACUGCCGGUUUAAGCGCUAAAUUGUUGCUCCCUCUACCUUUGUACAACAAAUAAUAUAAACAACACACACAWACACAUAYAAAKAAAGUAUAGUACGCGUGCGCGCGCUCUUCGCUACAACGCCCUGCUUAACAGCGUCGUUCACUUUGGGAGUAGUAAUUUACCGUUGCAAUGCCAAAAGAAGAUCCAUUCGUGAAUCGCGCCCAACUGUUGAAGGCUAUCAAAAAGUAUCCRGAGAUAUGGGACUCAAAUAAUAAACUGCACAUGUGCCGCAGCGUCACAGCGCCCAUGUGGAACGAGAUAGCCGAACAGUUUGGUGGGCAUGUGCCAACAGUAAAACUCCAGUCCAUCUGGAGUCAGAUGAAGUACCACUACCACAACUUGGUACAUCGACAAAUCUUGCAUAAGGAACGCUUCACYACCAAAUGGGAGCACUUCGAACCGAUGUCUUUCAUGUACAACAUCACWGUGGCGAAGAUAGUUGGAGCCGCUGGCGCCAAUGAUGGCAAUCAAACACAGCAUUUGCAGUCACCCACAACCGCAUCACUGCCCACGCCACCGCCGACACCAACCACACCGCAAACGCAGGGACGUGGACGACCCAGCGGCAGUUUUACAUGGCUACCGGCGCAGCAACAACAACAACUACAACAGCAGCURGUGCAAACACCAUUGUCCACACAAAUGCACGAACAAUUGACACCGGGUGGCAUGCCGCAACCGCUACUUACAUCGACGCCCCUACCGACACAGACUGAGGUGAGCGUUGAGACAAGUCCAUUUAUUGGUUUCACUGGACUCGUGCCACCGGCAGCCAUAACGGUGGAAGCUACAACGACACCAAUGCGCAAGCCGGGACGUCCAGGUUCAAUGAAUAAUAGCAUGCGCGGACGCAUCAUCGACGUGAUCAAGGCACAUCCGCCUUUGUGGGUUGGACGUCAACAGGAAGCUGUGCCAGGCCAACGCAAGGCCCAAAAUCGUACAUCGGCUGUGUGGAAGGAGGUUGCCGCGGAGCUGGGCUUGACUGCAAGUCUUGUCCAAACUCGCUGGUCCAUAAUAAAACAGCGCUACGUAGAUGAACUGCAAAAAGAGCGGCGCGCUCACUUCACUCAACAGGCCUUUCACUCCACCUGGGAGCACUUCGAACGCAUGGACUUCAUGCGCGACAUACUCAUCAAGAAGGUAGACGAGCGCGAGCAAACGCGCGAGCAGAUACAGGAAAUCGUUAGUGAGCAUCAACAAUUGCAAUCGGCCGCUGCACAGCAUAUGCGUUAUAUGCGGCUGGGCAUGCCGCCACCGAUGAGCAUGUUGGGUCCCCCAUCGGGUGUGUACGAGGACGGCAGCGUUGUUGGCAUGGUGCCAUUGCAUCAAACCGGUGGCGUAGUGAGUGGUGUUGGUGGCGUCGCCGGCGCUGUGGGUAUGGGACGUCGUCUGGGUGCUGGCGGACGUGUGAAGACCGAAAGCGACUUGGAAUGGGAUCCGUUUGAGAUGAUUUURCAUGUGCACGGCACUGAACCGGCGGCUAAUUGAGCGGAAAUGGCCGAGUGAAAUGAAAAUUAAUUGUAGAAAAGUUGAGUUAAUUGAGUAAGUAGUGUCCAAUGAUAAUAUUAGAGCGCAGUACUGCAUAUGCGAAGACUGGUUUGAGACGCAGUCUGGGUGCUAUAGCAGCUUUAGGGUAUAAGACARAGCAAACAUAAUCGUCUAAAUCAAAUAAAUCGACUGAUUACGCCAUACUAAGGCAUUUCUAUACUAURUGAGAAUCCUAAGAAAUGUCGUAGCAACAUGUGUAUUUGUGUCUGAGCCACUUUGCAAGAUUUUGCAGUCAAAGCAAAUGUAAAGAACUAAAAAAAAUGGUGAUUCAAUCAACCAAAUUGUUUAUCACUUACCGUAUUA